AUGGCUCAAUUAGAGCAACCUCAUGUCAAUAUUAUACGGGGCGGUCUUGCAGUGAUUUCAGGACGUCAGGGUGGUCUGGUGCAACGUUGUGAAUUCGAGGUAUUUGGGAAGAGGGCGCGAGAAGUGACGAAAGACAAACCAGGAAAUGAAAGGAUUGUGUCGGCCAUCAAAGAUGAAGAGCAUAGCCUCGAUGCCGACAUUCGAUCCGGAGGACAGCGGUUGCGAAAUAUUCUGAGCAACGCCAUCAAUUCCUGCUUGGGAUGGUAG